AUGUACUCUGCAAUCGUCGUCUUUUUCUAUUCGAUACAGUCGAUUAUUGGCUACGUUGAAGGAGCCGCUUGUACUCUGCCAUGGCCGGGUGUUUGGAUCAAGGCCGAUCGCGAAUUCAACAUCACUCAAAACUCUCUCGGUCCAUUGGGUUCAUGUCGAUCGAAGAACAACGAUCAGUAUUUGUUAAGUAGUAAUACGUGA